UGGGAAAGUGCUGCUGGUUUUCAGUGCAUACGCAAAAAGAUUAUUUUGUUCUGUUUGUUGUUUUUUUAGGAUGUACUUGAAAUUUUCAAGAGGAUUUGCCUGUAACUAACAAAGAGAAAGUGGGCCGAAUGACAGAAGAUGCAGCAAAGCACUACUCUGAUGGAAUCCCAGCUGUCUCUGCUCUCCUCCCUAAGUGGAGAGCCCAGGCCAGAGGAUUACAUUCAACCCCAUUACAAAGAGUCAUACCGGCUUGCAAUUGAUUGCUUGGUAAGCAAAGGAGAAGAGGCAUACCAGGAAAUCCUCAAGGAGGAGCAAAUUGGUGACUUCCUCUCACAGGAGGAAGUCCUCUUUAUCCAGGAGAAUACCAAGCAGCCAGCCACCACCAGCCAUUGUGAGGAGAGCGAUGGAUGCCCCGACAAUGCAUCCUCGACAGGGACAUACUGGCCCAUUCACUCUGACGUGGAAACCCCAGACCUUGACCUGGGCUGGCCCGACUUCCUGCAACGCAACCUCCGCACAAACAUCGAUCUACUCUUCCACCCGCCAAGACUGAAUAGCCCCACCAUAAAAGAGGUGAUAAGGAAGCAGAUACAGGAUGCGCGACAGGUUAUUGCAAUUGUAAUGGACAUUUUUACAGAUGUGGACAUAUUCAAAGAGAUUGUUGAUGCCUCUGUAAGAGGGGUCCCCGUCUAUGUUCUUCUGGAUGAGUCUCACUUUGAAAGCUUUCUCACGAUGGCCGAGAAGCAAGGUGCUCAAAUCCAGAGGCUGAGGAACAUGAGAGUGCGCACCGUAAAAGGACAAGACUAUCUCUGCCGCUCAGGAGCAAGGUUCCAUGGCAGGAUGGAGCAGAAAUUCCUCUUGGUGGAUUGCCACACUGUGGUGUAUGGUUCCUACAGCUUCAUGUGGACCUAUGAGAAAAUCAACCUCAGUAUGGUGCAGGUAAUCACUGGCCAGCUGGUGGAGCUGUAUGAUGAGGAGUUCAGGACUCUCUUUGCUCGUUCCACUGUCCCAGCGGUACUCUCACCGCCGGAGGGCAAGCACAACGGGUACAGCUUAAAGGCAGGGUUCAAGGCUCAGUGUGGUGAGGCCUUUGAGAGGAGUGACCAGCUGAGGCACACCUUGAACACAGUUUACCAAAGGGCCUGCGGGAGACCAGGCAGCAGGAAAAUCCCUGGGAUAGAGUUCGAGGCUGAACCUUGUGACGGUGAGCCAUUUAACCACAGACCUGAAUUUGAGCAUGUGGCAAGUGUACAGGCCCGUCUGCAUCACCUCCAGCCCGCUGAUGAUCUUGGUGUCCUGAAGAGACACAGCUAUGCCGGGGAGAGGCCAGAGGCCCCUUUUGUUCCCACUCAAAGCCACCAAAAGUAUCGCGCUAGCAACUGGAAUGUGUCAGGGGAUGGAAGCACAUGGUAUGGGGCCCCUGUGAGAAGCAAUCACCUGUCUGGGGGCAUUGCGGACCCGUUCCCAUCAUCGAGGCCGGGCCAGGUAUAUGGCAGGGGCUCCAACAUGCGCCAGUCCUUCCAUGGCAAUGAUAAGCACGUCCUUUCUAUGCAGCAGAACCUGCCCAGCCUAGAACGCACUGCCAAGUCCUUCCUGCGUACCUGGCGGAUCGAGUCUUACCUCAACAAUAAUGAGGUGCCCAUCAUGGAGUCCAGUGACUACCUAGAUCAGUACGAAGGGCUGGACUGCAAGCCUAAUUCAUAUAUGCAGUCUCGUCUACGAUCCUCCCUCAUCUUCAAGUCCACCAUCCCUGAGCAGCCGGAGACAAACAGUUACACUCAAAACUCCUCAUCUGACAUGCCCACCAAUGCACCUUUUUAUGCUUCAAAGCAAUGGAAUGCUGCGGCAUCGAUGGAAAGCAAGAUGAGGCAAGACGAGUACAUGUUAAAGAGGCGCAGUCUGCAGAUUUUAGAUGAUCCCAGGAAUAACAUGCAUCAUGGCCUGGGGCGAGACCCAUAUCAAUCCAUGUAUGCUAGCCUGGGUAGAGUCAAGGGGAACCUAUCAGUAAAAACACCAGUGGUGUUCCAAGAGGACAAGUAUAAAAGGCAUAGUGUGGCUGAGCCCCGUCCAAACAUGCAGUACAUUGCCAAUGAAGAAUCUUCAAGGAACACCUAUGGCAUGUUGGGGAAGGGUCAGUCUGACAGAAGGGCAUUGGGUGAGAUCGCAACCAGCGGGCAACAUCCUACAAAUAAUCUAAAGGAAGACAGGAGAUCUGUCUCUCAUUAUGAUGUCAAGAAGGUCACAGAGGGAAAGAAUACUCCUGUGUCCAUGUGGCAAGAGCCACCUUCGAGAACGGUCUCAGUUUCGGUCCUUGGGGAGAACAGUAAAGAGCCUGUGCACAAGCCUCUGAACAUGGGUUCUCCGCGCUUCUUCAAAAGCAGUUCAAAGAAAAUCAAAUCAUUGCUUAACAUACCCGAGAAAAACAAAAACCGCUCAGAUCACAAAAUGGGCAGCAGCACGGACACUAUAUUAUCCGAGGACCAAGGAGAGAUAGAAGGAGAAGGGAAUAAAGUUCCCAGUGAAAAAGUGAAAUCAGAUGACAGUGCCAGUCACUUCCCAUUGAGUGAAAACCACUUUGGGAGUAAUACAGGAAAUGCAUCUGCUCCACGUUUCAGUACAGAGGACCUGGAAUCAAACUAUGCUGUCCCUGAACAGGGGCAACACUCGGUUGGUAUCCGAAAAGACAGAUUGAGCUCAGCAAUGGAAGGCAGGCACAGAAGUCACAGAGGAGAGGAUCGACUGUACAGUCGCUUUGAACCUUUUUGCAGCCUAGAAAAGCAACCUCCUUCAAGUCAUUCACAAAAGAUCACCGCCAACAUGCGAGCAGCAGAGAAGUCUAAAACUCUUCUCAGCAUCAACACUAGAGGGAGCUCUCCUGGAGAAAGUCACAACACAGGGGGUCCAGCACAAGCUCACAAUGACAAUAAACUAGGCAGAUUUAUACAGCGUGUUGGGAAUUUAAUUAAUAAAAAUAAAUAAUCAGACACAUUACCUGUUAUCACAAAGGGUAACUCAUUUUUAUGGCAAAAAGGAUGAACCAAAGGUGUUACCCCUUCCUUUUUAUACCAGAAAGCCUAUGGUUCUGUUUCUUCAGAACUAGGAAUGUUUACAUUUACAAAUGAGCACACUGAUUGCUCCCCUAUUUAAAAAGGAAGAAUUCUGCUUUAAAGGCAUAGAUGCAGCACAAAUUACACAAUUAUAAAAUCAGCAAUGUUUACAUGUACAGAGCAUAUCAGACAAAGUCACUUCAUUGGUACACAUGGCAAGGGAAUGACAGGUGAAGCAGGUUUACCAAGAAAUGGAAAAAAAAAUAAAUGAAAAAAUACAAAUUAUAAAAAGAAUGGCAAUCAUGCAUUGGAGUAGGGCAGGCAGAAUUUCAAAUCAGAUAGAGCCAGCAGUUGAAUCAGAGCCAUAGACAAUAACACGGGUGAGACAAUAUAGCUAGCUAUGUUUAUCUCAGUAAGCAGCUAGCUGGGUACUUUAAUGUCAGCUGGGUUAGGUAGCUAGCUAACUGACCAAUGUGGUUGUUAGGAAAAAAACAUACUACAAAGCUAACUUGCUAGGUGACUAGCUGCUUAGCUUAAAUUUCUAAGCAUGACUUCUAUGUGUCAAAAUUGGCAUUGUGUGGAUAGCUAUGACAAUCUAUCUAUUCAAUGCUGUGAUGGGAUGGCUAGGAGCUAUUGAUAGCCAGUGAGCUUUUUGCAAAAAAAAAAAAAAAAAAAAGAAAUAAUUUUGCAUCAGCAACCCUGCUUUGUAAAGUGUUUUUUGAAUUGCAGCAAUUCAAGUCUAGCAGCUGUACUUGCACAACCCAUUUUUGGUAAUUAGCUAUUUGGAUUGGCUGGAUACAAUAAUGGAUACAUAUAGGAUAAGUUAAAAAGCUUGUCCCAGGCAACGUGGUAAAAUGUUGCCAGAUCUAUUUCUUGUAAGUAUAAUCAGCUUGCAUGUUGGGCAGCAUAAUGGGAGAUGCUACUUCACACAUACACGUUAUACAAGACGUUAUACAGAAAGACAAAAUAUAAAAUGGACAUAUGGUUCUUUCCACGUUCAAAUAUCUGUAUGCACUGCUGUGUGUCAAGGGAUGUUGUUUAGCACUAAUUUAUGUUUCA